ACUCUCUCCCCCCACCACAUUUUCCUCUUUUCUGAAAUCGAGAUCCCCGAAAUUUGAAAUCGCCCAACCCUAGCCACCGUCGUCGGCCAUGCUCCCGUUUCUCUAUCAACUCUUCUAAUAAGGACAACCCUUGCACGGGAGGAGCCGUGCAUCGGAGGGACUAGUCAGCCAGAUCUGUCUACGGAGAACGAGCAACAGCUCCCAGAGCAGCAAAAUUGGUGGAAUUUUUUGGGUCCUUUGUGUUGCAGUGAAAGAGGUCCGGCUGCUUAACUACUCAAUUUUGACGACAUCUGUGACUCGUACAACCGACUCUGUUCACCAGUAUUAACCAGGGUAACUAGCUCAAACUCAAACAUUUGCUAUGUUUUUUCCAUAAUUUGUGAGUAAUUUUGAAUUCGUGUUUGAAUUACCGCUGAGUAAUAAGCUUAAAUUCUCUCACCUGCUAUAUGUUGUUUUGAAUUCGUCUUUAAAUUGUGUCCGCUGCCUGUUUAUUGAUUUGAUUUUUUUAUUUGUGAAUGCUAUGUUGUACACUGCGAAUGGGUGUCAAUUUUUUAUUUUCCCACAACAGUUUGAGGUUUGAUCUUGUUUACUGAACAACUGCUUAACGGAUCAAAUACAUAUGUGCUACUUACCUUGUUUCUUUUCUGAAAAUGAGUAUGCUUGAUUUAGUAUAACCUACAUGUGCACUUACUUGGUGGAGCAUACCCUCUAUUUUUUUGGAUUGGUUAAAGAAAUCAGCAGGAUGAGAACACCAUCAGUAAAUUAUGCCCGCAUAUACAUGAUGCUUGAAGACAUCAUGCAUAUAUAUCGGGUUGAGACUACACUACUCGUACAUCGUUUCCUGAAGGCCCAAACUAAAUGAAAGAGACGUAGGAUUGUUGAACAAGCUAGGCAAUACAGCGUGUUGACUAAGGUUCCCGAGCAGCUACAACGCUUGGACAGACUCAUAAAUGUCACAGACACAACUUGCAUUGAUAACAUUCGCAUGGAUCGCAACACGUUUGGAAAGUUGUGCCGUAUACUUAAGGACCGGGGGGGUUUACACAUAGGUAAGUGUCUAGGGAUUGAAGAACAGGUUGCGAUGUUUCUUGGCGUUCUAGCGCACCACAAAAAAAAUCGGAUUGUCCGUUUUAAUUUCGUUAGGUCUGGAUCUACGAUAUCCUAUUAUGUGAAUAAAGUUUUAGGUGCUGUUCUCAGUCUUCACGAUGUAUUAUUUGAAAAGCCUACCCCAGUCCUGGAUAAUUGCAUUGACCAUAGAUGGAAAUGGUUUGAGGGUUGCUUGGAUGGUACUCAUGUCAAUGUGUUGGUUAGCAACAGCGAUAAACCCCGAUAUCGCACACAAAAAGGGUCCAUCGCAACAAACACGUUAGCUGUAUGUGAUCGAAAUAUGCAGUUCGUCUACAUCCUGGGUGGAAAGGAUCUGCAGGGGAUUCAAGAGUGCCGAGGGACGCCUUAUCUAGGCCCAAUGGGUUCAGAGUCCCGCAGGGUUGUUACUAUCUCUGUGACGGCGCAUACGCUAAUUGCAACGACUUCUUGACGCCGUACAAAGGGGUAUGCUACCACCCAAGGAAUGAGGUGUUGGGGGGUUUUGCGUAGUGCGUCUUUUUACCCAAUUCAAACACUAAUCAGAUUGAUCAUGGCGUGUUUCCAUCUCCAUAAUUUCAUUCGCCGUGAGAUGAGGGUAGAUCCCGUAGAAGCCGCUGUCGAUGGUGAUGCUCCAACAGUCAUACAUGGAGAAAAUUAUAUCGCUAACAACUAUGUUGACUGUGUCGAAACAUCUCACGAGUGGACUGCACUGCGCUACGUGACGUCAUAGCCAUGGAGAUGUGGAAUAAUAGAUAGAAUCAUUCAGGAACAAUUAUGUUUGUUAUCUUAUGAACUACUUUGAACUACGUACUACUUGAAAAGGAUAUUUUGUUGUUUUGAUGUUUA